AUGGCAUUUCCCCUUCGCUUGCUAUUCCUCCUUUUCGGGAUCAGCGGACUGCUGACCGAAGUUCUCUCCUUCAAAGUGAUUCGUCAAAAACAAAACAACUGUCCUCACGGGUGGACCCGCCUGGACUGCAAAUGUUACAUCUACGAAAGCGAGGCGAGGACUUUUGUCGAUGCGGAGUCCAUCUGCAACAUUCUCGGCGGGAACCUGGUCUCCGUCCACAGCAACCUGGAGAACGCAUUUGUCCGUCAGCUGGUCGUGGCUGACAGCCACGACCCCGAUGCGGCGUGGAUUGGACUCCACGACGCAAUUCAGAACGGCGACUACAUUUGGACCGACGGCUCUGACGCGACUUUCCUCAGCUUUAACGAGAACGACGCAGAGCCGAACAGCAACACUGGUAACUGCGUCGAGAUCGAUGAGGGAGACGGACUUUGGCAAACUGCCGACUGCACGGACAAGAACGUGUACGUCUGCGCCAGGGAUGUGUACGAACCCGGCCAGCGGGUGGUGAGCUCGUGA